AUGGCGUACCAAUCGUUCGGCGCAGUGGACAUGGCGAGCUUCUUCUUCCCGCCGCAGCCGGGCUCGCAUUCUGUCCAUGGUGGGGAUCAGUUCUUGGGCGGCGGCGGCGGUAGCGCGUGCAGCCACGGCGGCAGCUACGACGGCGUGGGGGCGAGCGAGCGGGGGGGCAGGCGCGACGAGAGGAAGGAGAGGCGGCUGGCGUCGAACCGCGAGUCGGCGCGGCGGUCGCGGAUGCGGCGGCGGCGGCAGCUGGACGAGCUGUCGUCGGCCGUCGCGGAGCUCCGCGCCGCGAACCACCGGCUGGCCGUGGAGCUGAACCGCGCGGCGGGGAGGCACGCGCAGCUGGCGCGGGAGAACGCGCGCCUCGCCGAGGAGGCCUGCGCCCUGCGGGAGAGGCUCCGCCGCGGCGACGGCGACGGCGACGGCGUGGCGGGAGAAGGCAGCGGCGUCGAGGCGACUUUGGCGCCAAAGAAUUAA